AUGUAAUAGCAUUAAUAGCUUUUAAUAAAUAUAUUAUAAUGUCCAAUUUAAGAGAGAAAAGCAGAGAUUAUAUAGUUAAUGAGAAUCAUUAUGUCGAAAGUUGAUUUCUUCCAUUAAUUUUAAGUUGAGAAUAUAGAUUAUGAAGCAUAUGAUUAUUGUUUAAAGCAUCUGACAUUUGAAACCUUUUCUAAAGUAAAAAAUUCAUUAUCUUUUAUAGAAUACAGUUAUAUUCGAGAAGGGAGAAUAACCUCAUAAUAUGUAUGUAGUAAUAAGAGGAUAAGUUUCCCUUUACUCAAAUGAUCAUUUAGUAGAUUAAACAACAACAAGAAAGCAUUCUGUAAGUGUAGACUAUGGUAGAGAAUCUCCUUAUGUAAAUAGAAUCAAGUUUUCUGAUUUUAAAGUGAAAAGGUAUAUAUAUAUAAAAUUAUGUCUAUUUUUAGUUUAGUUCGUUUAACUGAGUUCAAAGAUUGGAAGACUUUUGGUGAAUAAGCUAUUUUAGAUUAGAGACUACGAACUAAUAUUGCAGUUUGUGAUAUUGAUUCUACAUUGGCAAUAUUGAGUAGAGAAAAUUAUACUACAGCAGUUUAAAUUUUAGAGAAAAAGAAAGAAUAACAUAGGAUGAAUAAUUUUAAAUUGAAUCCAAGUUUUUAAGGUUUAAAUAAGAAAUUAAUUAAUUUAAUGCUAUUUACUUAUUAAUCAUCUGAUUAUAAAUUUAGAGAUAUUAUUUAUAAGUAAGGUUAAGUUGAUUCUGAUAUUAUAUACAUUAUAAAAUAAGGAGAAUUUUUAAUGUAUUAGGAAUAAAGAAUGAAUGAGUAAUAGUAAAAUAAAGUAAGAAAAUAAAUAGCAAUAAUGACAACUGGUGAAAUGUUUGGAGAUUAUGAAGCAUUUGAAAGAAUACCUCGUUAAUUUAAUGUAUAAUGCAAUUCACACACAGCAAGUUUAAUAAUAAUUCCUUUAUAAUCAUUAUAAUAAAAAUUAUCUUAAUUUAAUGAAUAACAUUAUGUAUAAUAAUUAAGAUCUUUAUGUUUAAGAAAACAUAAAUGGUAUCAUGAUUUUAAAAGUAAUAUUGAAUAAACUUAAGAAAAAUAUUAACAUUUUUUAACUAUUUAAGAUUAAAAAUAAAAUAAUAAUAAUUUAAGUAAUUCCUCUAAAAAAAUAGAUUCACCUAUUAAAACAAAUAAUGAUAUUAAAUAAAUGGCUGAUACACUUAUAUGUAUUAGUCCAAUUACAGAAUUAAAAAAUACAUUAAAUUAUCUUACAUCAUUAGAUGAUACUACUCCAUAAAUAAAUGAAUAAUAAUAAGUAGAUUUUAAUACAAGCAUAAAUAUUUCAAAAAUAAAAAAUAAAAAUACUAUUUAUGUUGCAUCUCCUGAUAAAUUAAAACCAUUACCAAAAAUAAAAUUAGUUUCUAAUAGAUAAUAAGAAAGAAAUUAAUUAUCUACACCAGAAAGAUUCAAUCAAGUAAUAAGACAUAAAAUGACAAUUUUAAAAAGAAUGCAUAAUCUAUCACCAGAAGAUUCUGUAAAUAUUAAUACUAUGUAAUAAAAAACAAUAUAUGUUUAAUUACCAAAGUAAGUUAAAUUAGAAUAAAAUAUUGAGAAAUAAUGGCCAAUUAAAGCUACUCUUUAUUUAAAUGAUUUAGAUGAUAGAAUAAGAUAUCAUAGUAAUAAUUCAAAGAUGUAAAAUUGUAAUAGUAGUCGUGACUCUAGUGUUGUUUAUGAAUAAUUAAGUUUAAGAAUGGAUGGUAGUGAAUAAAAUUCACAAAGAACAAGUAGGAUGGGCAUAUUAAAUAAUAUAUUAUAACAUUCGGUAACAAAGAGAGGUAAAAAUAAAAAGAAAAGAGCUUUGACUUUAAAAUAUAGGGAGUAUUUGGAAUCACAAUUUUAACAAAAAACUUAAAAUUCAUUGCUAUAUUCUUGA